AUGGCCAACGGACUGCUGGAUACUAACUCGGGAGAUGCGGAGCCAUGGGCAAACGAUACCGUCGCAACCAGCAGUGACGGGGAACCGCCUGCGGUGCUCAUUAGCGGAAAGGACGCGGGAUUGGGCCUUCCGCCGGAGACGGCGGAGAAUCUGGUGAUUCUGGAGGAUCCCGGCACGGGCCACCGAGCCUACAUCGUAGGUUCGGCCCACGUGUCGAGGCAGGCAGGGCUGGACGUGGAACGCGUGGUGUCGGCAGUUCAACCGGAGAUUCUCGCUGUGGAGCUCGACCGCGAGCGCCUCAAGCACAUCAUGGCGAUCCUCGCGGGCGAUGGGCCCAGCGACCCCCCGAAGACGGUCUUCAAGGCGUUGAGGGCCAUGUAUUCGGCCAAGAUGGGGUCGCUCUCGCUCUUCUUCAACCUGCAGGGCAGCUUCGUCUCCGCUCUGUUGGGAGUGCCAUACGGCUACGACAUGAUGACAGCAGUCAAGGUGGCCGAGGACUCUGGCGUGCGUGUGGCGCUCGUUGAUAGGUCCUCAUUCCUCACGCUCAUCCGACUCAUCGACCAGACUCGCCGAGUCCCCUCAUCCCCUCCUCCUAUUGAGGAGCGCGGCGGCACCAGGGAAGGGCGCAAGGCGCGGUUCGAGCGAGUGAAGCGGCAGAUGGUGCAGAGGGCGAGGGACGCGGGGUGCGACGAGCCCGCAGCCACCUUCGACUCAUUCGUCACCGUCCUCGCCACUGCCUUCAAAGGAAAAGAGAUCCCAAUCGACGACUUUCGCCGUGUGCGCUCCUGCGGCCGCCGGGUCGUCGAGACCUUCCGCCACUCUGCCAUCCACCACUCCCUCCUGCCCCCUGCCGCUGCUGCCGCCUUCACCCCUCCCUCUCCUCCUUCCUCCGGUCCCUCCGCUCCUGUUGGGAGUAUUGGAGAGCCACAAGGAGGACCACAGUCAAGCCAGAGCACGCAGGGUGGUGUGAGCCCGUGGUGCCCCAGGAGGCAUGUGAGGGAGCGAGUUCCGAUGGAGGCGGUGGUUAAGACUGCAACAGACACGGACCUGCCUCCUGCCAUUGUCGCCGAGAGGGACCUUAUCCUUGCCCAGAACAUCCGCAAGUGCACAGCGAUCGGCCCGACAGUAGCAGUGGUGGGAGCAGGGCACAUCCCCGGAAUCACCCACCGAUGGAACGACGCUCUCUCUCCGGCCGCUCGCAUGGAAGUCAUCUCCUACCUCCUCCCGCCCAGCCUCUCCCGCCAAAUCUCCCCCGAUCUCCCCUCCUCCUUCCCCUCCUCCUCUUCCCCCUCCCCCGACAAUGCAACUAGCCCCGACGAGCCCCGUUUCGCCUUCCCAAUCACCGAUUCCUUCCGAACCGCCGCUGAAUCCACCUCUCCCGUCACACCCAACGGCCGUCCCGAUUUCUCCGAGUUCCCCUCUCCUCCGAAGCUCGGGCCGCUGGUGAUUGCAGCGGGCCUACUCGGCCUCUCCUUGUACCGCCCGCGCGCGGCGAUGUUUAUCGGAGUGGGGUUGGGGUCGGGGAUUGUGGCAUCUCAGCUGCUGGUUGCGAGUGUUCUGGCCAAGGCGGGGAGAGUGGUGGGGGCGCUGCAGGAUGCUGGGAGGAGGCUGGAGGAUGAAGACGGUGCUGAGGCACUGUGGUGA